AUGAGCAAGCAAGGGGAAACGGUGUUCAUGGUCUUCUCCCUCGGCUUCACGGCCCUCGUCCUGCUCUUCGUUCUCAAGCUCAUCUGCAGCGAGUGCAUCGCGUGCUGCGACUGCUGCUUGUGCUGGGAGUUGCUGGGAUUUCGGACACCGGCUCCGGCUCCGGUUCCCGCUCCGGCGCUGAUAACCGCCAGUGCCGCUGCUGGUCCUAGACCGGCGCCGGCGUCAGCGGUGCGCCCCUGCUUGUGCGCAAACCCGGCUCAGGUGGUACGCGGCAGCGGCGAUCCUAGAGCUGGUGUGCGCCGGUCGACGGGGCCGGUGCCGUGCGUGACGGAGUACCGGAGGAGCGACGGCUGGCGGGAGGCGACGUGCCCGGUGUGCCUGUCAGAGUUCGUCGACGGCGAGGCCGUUAGGGUGCUGCCGGCGUGCAUGCACUACUUCCACGCCGCCUGCGUCGGCGAGUGGCUGCGCAAAGGCCACGCCACCUGCCCGCUCUGCCGCGCCGCGCCGCCCUCCGCCGUCGCUGCCGCCGCCGGUGGGUCGCCGGAGUAUGUAAUCUCUAUAGAUCAGCUGCUGUUGUCAUGA